CUCAAAUCUAACCGUUGAUGCUCUCUUUCUCAUUCUCUCUCCCUUCGUCAUCACAAGUUUUCUCCUUUCGGUUACGAAUCCUCAGACACCAUUUUCCACCCACUCCGCGCCAACAACAAUUAAUCUCCAAAACAUUUAAAAAAAAAAAAAACAAAAACGAAACCUCUUUUCUUUUUCAGGGUUUUUCUUUUCGCCUUAAUUUUUCUCUCUCAUUUUCCCGUGAAAUUUAGGAGGUUUUUUUAUUCAUGAACGACCUACCCCCAAUGAUGGCUCAGUCUCAGAUCUUGCAAGGCCACCAAAACUACGUCGUUUGGACGCAUCCCCCGCCGGCACCUUACACGCCGGAAAACGCUUCCGUGUACCCUCGCCCGCCAGCGUUUAACCCCCAUCCGGGUCGGGUCAACCGAAAGGGAAGCGUUCAAAAUAAAUUUCACCGAACCGGUUCGGGUCCAAGCCACGGGUUCAAACCCGCUAAUCCAAACCCGAACGAAUUUCACCUGCCGACGGCCAACCGGUCUGGCGGGAAGGGUCGCCGGUUUCACCACCCGAAGAGGAAGUAUGGCGACGAACGGCUCGACGUGCCUUUGGCGCCACACAACACGACGACGUUCCUAAUCCGGGCGAAGAAGUCCGGCGGCAUCGCGUUGGUGUCGCCGUGUCCGAUGACGCCAGCGAUCACGCCGACGAUGUUGCCGGCGGGGGAGUUAGUGGUGGAGAUGGCGAAGGAGCAGUGGGUGGUCGACGGCUACGGGUCCAUGAAAGGCCUGAUCCGACUCCGGCAUGAGAAGAACGACUCCGGAGAGAAUUCCGGCGAAGAUUCCGGCGACGUCAGCGAUAGUGUGGCGGUGGAGAAGCGGUUGGACCACGACUUGAGCAGGUUCGAGAUGAUAUACCCCAAUUCUGGCGAAGAACAGAAGUUGGAGAAUAGGGUUGAUGAACAAGACACGCAAAUUGCACACCUUGAAGAAGAGAAUUUGACCCUCAAAGAGAAGCUUUUUCUCAUGGAAAGGGAAUUGGGUGAGUUGAGGAGAAGGGUUCGGUGCUUGGAGACUGACGGAAUCGGCACCGUGGCACGAGAUGGCAAUGAGGCGGAGAAUUUCGCCGGUGAUGCCGAUGAUUGCUCUGAGAAGAGUGUCGGAAAUGAUGUUGGUGACAGUGGUGGUUGUAACUAUAGUGAUAGUGGUAACAAUGGUAGCAACCAUGACCGUGUUUGAGUCAACUAUCUUUAGUUAUUCACCAUUGCUUGGGUUGCAAGUUUCUCUUUUUAUUUUUCUUUGCUUUCCCUUGUAAAUAAAUGAUUGUAGAUAUUUUAUUACCUUGAUAGAUGGAGGACUAGCUAUAGUUUAGCUUAGUUUAGUCAGGGUUGUUAAAUUCUCGUUUGUAAACUAACUCUUUGGAUGAAUCAACUUGGGUUGUGCCUUGUGAGUUUAUUUAGGAGUUAGGACCCUGAAACUCACUUGAAUAAAAAAUGGACAGUGUUUUGCAUCGGCAUAGUUAGAACUAGAGAUUAGGGAAUUUGUUUGUCUUGUUAGUUUCUUUGGUAACUAGCUAAUCAAUUUCUUUAGAACGCUUUUGAUAAAUGUUGCAAUUAAUGUUGAGAGGGGAGUAAAGGGGCUCUAGUGCUUUUGGCCAUAUGUGGCUGUGGU